AUGGUUCAGCAGGCAGUUCAAGGGUCUUCAGCUGCUUAUGCGAAGGAAAUGGAAAGACUCUCUGCUAAAGAGUCUCUGCUUCUUGCUCUCAAAGACGCUGGGGGAUUUGAGGCUUUAGUCACUGGGAAAACAACAGAUAUGCAGUGUAUCGAUGUGAAUGAGAUGAUAGUUAGCCUUGAGCGACUCAAUCCAACACCUCGACCAACAACGUCUCCUUAUCUGGAGGGUCGCUGGAAUCUCGAGUGGUUUGGAUCAGGAAGCCAUGGGUUCUUUGCUGCUCGGUUUGUGUUUGAGAGGUUUCCUCCUGCAUUCGCAAAUUUAUCAAAAUUGGAUGUAGUGAUCAAGGAUGGAUACGUUAAUAUUGAAGCAAAUGUUAAAUUCUUCAACUCGAUAGAAAGCAAUGCUAUUCUCUCCACCAAGUUAUCUGUCGAGGGACCACUUAGAAUGAAGGAGGAAUAUGUUGAAGGAAUACUCAAAUCUCCAAAGAUCAAUGAAGAAACCAUACCUGAACAGCUAAGAGGUGCUUUUGGUCAGGCAACUAGCACACUAGAGCAACUUCCUGAUCCCAUUCGGGAUGCCAUGGCAACUGGAUUCAAGGUCCCUCUUGGUGGGUCCUCCAACAGGCUUUUUAUGAUUUCCUAUCUGGACGAAGAGAUCCUAAUAACAAGGGAUACUACUGGAAUUCCUGAAGUCUUAUUUUUACAUCAAAGUAACUGGGCUAUAUCUUAA